AAUGACUUUCUCUAACGCGCAAGUAGAAAUAUUAUAAUAGUUAUGACAACAGCUAUGAUACACUCACAAGUAAAGUGGUAAUAUUUCCACAGUUUAUGUAAUAAAUGACAUGGUGAAUGUCAUUGUGGUCCCAUUCAUGAGUACAUACUCAAAAUUAUUGCAAAUUGUUACAAUUAUGUGCACCCAUGUGGCUCAGUUUGUCAUCGAAGUCUGUGAGAUCCAAAACCUUUUACCUGCAAGGAUGAGAAAAUCAUAUAUUUUAUGGAUUUGGAUACUACUUUCUGCGGUAUUGCCAGAAAAAAGUGAAGCAUUACCUAAAUAUGAUAACAAUUCAAAGGCGGCGCAUCGAAUGGGGCCUAGGCCGGCAGCAAGCCUUAAUCCGUCACUGGGGGAUGGCCAAUUCAAUGAAAGCCAAUCCAUUUAUGAGCCAAACACACAAGCAACUAAAGAGCGACUACAGCGUUUGGGUUACACAACUGGAUAUGGAACCAUAAAUGGAUAUCCGGGAAGUACAGGUAUUUCUGCUUACAAUCCAAUUAAAUUGGACCUAGGAGGAGUUGUACUGGGAACAUUGGUUGGUAUUGGCGCUAUUUUAAUAAUUCCAAAGUUGUUAAGCGCUUUCCAUGGAGGAUAUGCUGGUUAUGGCCGAAGUGAAAAUGACAACGAUCUAAUAUCGCUCUCAAAUGUGAUGAAUCGAAUUGAUGAUAUUCUUAGUCAAAACAACAUAGAUUCAACGGGUUGCAUGCAACGUGCUGUUUGCAGUUAUGUUCGGUCAACCGAGUUCAACUUAAAAACAGGUGUUCCAGACCAAAUAGAGGAAUUCAUUCGUACGCUCUCGGAUUUCAGGUGAUACAAAAAACUGUUAAGUGAAAAAAACUUUUAUACUCUGUAGAAACAUAGCAAAGAUCGACUUAGUCAAUCGGAUGUCGUUAUUAAGCCAUUCAAUUUCAUCAAAAUAAACAACCGAGCAUAUUUGAAACCAUAGGUCAGUCAUUUCCGUUGAGUUAUUGGGACGCAACAUAUCCGAAGCGUUUGAUGUCAGAAAAACCACUUCUUCAAUGAAAUUCGGGCGGAACCGAACACUUCAUACUCUUGCAACUUGCAAGGAACAAAAGCGAAGGAACACUUUUAGUUUUUGGCAAAACCUUAUUAUGAACUAAGGAAAGUAUCGACGUGCGUGAUUCAUUUAAGGAAAGAGGAUACACUGUUAUUAGAAAAAUAUUCUUUUCGAAUUUCAUUAAGAUUUCUUACAUAUUGACCAAUAUAUGUGGUAAAAAGCGAACCAGAUGUUCGAAAAUAUAUGUGUUAAGUAUAUGGGGUAUUGACCUGCUUUGAUCCAUUUUUAUCACAAACCAUGUAAUAGUGCGAUUUCGAAAAUUUUUGGACGCUAGAUAAAAUACCUCGAGGGCACUA